ACAGAGUUGGAGACUGGUUUGCUUCCUCUAAAAAUAUUCUCUAGGGCAAAAACUCCUCUGCGCAUCUUUGUGGACCCAGUGUCUAGCCAAGUAGAUAAAGAUCAAUCAAAUAGCUGACUGCACAGACUGCCUUCUCCGUGUUUCCAUAGCCAGAGACAUGACCUGACGCUAUUGAUGACCAGUCUCAGGGCCCUUGGGUGACCAGCUGGUGCACCAUGGAACUUAAAGUUUGGGUGGAUGGAGUUCAGAGGAUUGUUUGUGGGGUCACCGAAGUCACAACUUGCCAGGAGGUUGUAAUAGCCUUAGCUCAAGCGAUAGGUCGAACUGGAAGGUACACUCUAAUAGAAAAAUGGAGAGAUACUGAGAGACAUUUGGCACCUCAUGAGAAUCCCAUCAUAUCCUUAAACAAAUGGGGGCAGUAUGCCAGUGACGUGCAGCUUAUUUUACGUCGGACAGGGCCGUCUCUCAGUGAGCGGCCCACUUCUGAUAGCGUGGCUCGAAUUCCUGAGAGAACUUUAUACAGGCAGAGUUUGCCCCCCUUAGCCAAACUGAGGCCUCAGGUUGACAAAUCCAUCAAACGGAGAGAACCUAAGAGGAAAUCGUUAACAUUUACAGGCGGUGCCAAAGGGUUAAUGGACAUUUUUGGAAAAGGUAAAGAAACUGAAUUUAAGCAAAAAGUGCUGAAUAACUGCAGAACAACAGCAGACGAGCUAAAGAAGCUGAUCCGCCUGCAGACGGAGAAGCUUCAGUCCAUUGAGAAAGAGCUGAAAUCAAAUGAAAUAGAAAUACAGUUUUGGGAGCAAAAAUAUAAUUCUAACCUUGAAGAGGAAAUUGUCCGCCUGGAGCAAAAGAUCAAAAGAAAUGAUGUAGAAAUCGAAGAGGAAGAAUUUUGGGAAAAUGAAUUGCAGAUUGAACAGGAAAAUGAAAAACAGCUGAAGGAUCAGCUUCAAGAAAUAAGACAGAAAAUAACAGAAUGCGAGAGCAAAUUAAAGGACUAUUUGGCCCAGAUCCAGACGAUGGAAAACGGUCUUGAGGCAGAAAAAUUGCAACGGGAAGUCCAGGAGGCACAAGUCAAUGAAGAGGAGGUUAAAGGGAAGAUCGGUAAGGUCAAAGGGGAGAUUGACGUUCAAGGUCAGCAGAGCCUGAGGCUGGAAAAUGGUAUUAAAGCUGUGGAAAGAUCUCUCGGACAAGCCACCAAACGCUUACAGGACAAAGAACAGGAACUGGAGCAGCUGACUAAAGAGCUGCGGCAAGUCAAUCUCCAGCAGUUUAUCCAGCAGACGGGGACGAAAGUGACCGUUUUGCCAGCGGAGCCCAUUGAAGUAGAGGCCUCACACAUAGACAUAGAACGGGAGGCAGCAUUCCAGUCUGGCUCCCUGAAGCGGCCUGGUUCAUCUCGGCAACUCCCCACUAAUCUUCGGAUUCUGCAGAAUCCUAUCUCAUCUGGUUUUAAUCCUGAAGGCAUAUAUGUAUAACAGUAUCUGUCUUUGGGCGAGAGACCCAAUAAAGGUACCACGGACAGUACAGAUUCUUCCUUUGAUUUGUGCCAAUGACAAACAGAGAUGUAUUUCACAAGCCACCAUGUCUUUUCCUGUCCUAAAUUGCAUACCACUUGGAGCCAUACCCUGUGCACUGAUGCUAAAGAACAAAGAAACUCUUUCCACACAUGAACAGUGUUGACAUUUUUAUCCAGCAGCUGUAAUGCAAAGCCUUCAUUUUUAUGUGUAGCCUUUUGAGAGCAUUAGGAAAGUAUUAUUCUGUGUGUAUACAUAAAAAAAAAAGUGACUUAAGAGUGAAGAGAAGUAUGUGACUGGCUUAGUUUAAUUUAUUCCAUGUAAUCAAUUAAUGUGUGAAUGUUAGUGUUUUACUGUUUUUUAUUAAUACUUACCUUGUGACCGAAUUACAUUACAUACUUGUGAUUAUGACUGUGUGCAUGUGGCCAGGCUCCCCCCGUAGAAUGCUGAUUUACAAGUGUCAGAGUGUGCUCCACCAUCGCAACAAACUCCAAGAGAACCCACUUGGAUUGACUUUGUGACUUGUCCUAGCCAUUGCUUAAUUGGUUGAAAUAAUUCAGCAUUUCUUUUUAAUCUGGAGUUUAAUAUUUUUUCUUUACAAUGUUUUCAGUACAUGAAGGACCACAUACCAGAACAGAAAUAUUUUCGUGAGGUAACUUGUACGUUUAAAAGGUGUGCAGUGCUUCCGACACUGUAGGACAGAGUCGGGAAUGCUGAAUAUCUCUUCAAACAGGCAAGGGGGUUCCUGCUACAUUAUGUUAUGCCCCUGCCCCGCCUUAUCCUUUUACUCUCAUGGAUCCUCAGAAUUGCCAUAAUAUAUAAGUUAGAGAUAUCUGAGGACCAGGUCAGUCUACUUUAGGAAGAUUGCUUUAAGUGAUGUAUUUUUUAAAUGGCCCACUUCCUUAUUGUAGUCUUCCGGUGUAAGCGCCCGUGGGGAAGGUAUUACUUGCACAUCAUUUCCUCUGUACGUUGUAGACUAUUGCAAUUUCUCCAGUCACUUAGAGAUCGAGAAAGUGGGUUGGAGUUAGGUACUUUUUACCAAGGAAAUAAAGUUAAAUUCAGUGUUUGUUUUCAUUUUUGAGCUUGACUUUUAUAGGACGUUAAUCUCCAUUUGUACAUAUAUUUUUUUAUUUAUGAAACCAAAAACGAGUCAGCACCCCUCUCAUGAGUAGUGAUUAACUUAAGACUCACAAGUAAUAUCUAAAUGGAUGUGGUCAGAUACCUCUUAGCCAUUUUUACAUUCCCUCUGAUAUCAUUAAGAUCUUUUUCUGAAAUUUCUAGUUUUUAAUUCUGAGGAAAAUACAUCUCUCAAUUUCUUACAUGUAACAAAGUAACAAUGGAUUAGUAUAUUAAUGCCAUGGUAACAAUAAAAAGAUGUAAGUUAUAGCUUAUGCAUGCGGGCAACUUUGGAUGUUUUAAAUGCAUUUCACUUAUUUUUGGUUUAAUGAAUGCUGAGAAUGCUGCUAUAUUUAGGUUUCCAGUGGAAAAUUCUAAGAAUGGCUAUGAAAAUAUAUAGAAGCUUCUAGAGAACUGAAAGUAAAAUGCAGAAUUGCCUUUUCUAGUCCAGCUAAAUGGCAGACCUCAACUAAAGGUAUUACUUUCUUUGGGUUCUUGAGUUGACCUUGCCAUUAUACUAUUUUGCAAAUGAUUUGAGAAAUAACUGAUUCUUACCUAAAUAACCACAAUCUAUACACAUUUGCUCUCAAUUUAUAAAUAGUUAUUUCAUAUUUACAUAUGAUUGAAAAUUAUGAGAAUCAAAAAAUCAAAGUAAUUUGUAGAUUUUGUGACAGUAAUGAUUUAUGUAUGCCCGAUAUAUGCCUUAUUUUUAAAGGGUUCCAUCCUAUACUAAGAGUCAUUUUGUUGUUAUCCAGAGAAAUUGUGAUCUUAUUCACAAAGAAAAAUAUUUUUAUAAAUUGAUUACAUUCUAUUUAAAUAAAAAUGUUAAAAGAUAUGUUAAAUUUUGCAAUUAUAAAUUGUAAAGAUGCUUGGCAUGCCAUGAGAAACACAGAGUCAACACCAAAUUAAUUGUUAUAAAUUCUUAUCAGCAGUAAUCUAAUAAUUCUCAAGAGAGGCUGGCAGCAUCCUUCCACCUUGCAGUGGUCCUGGGUUCCCCAGCCUUGCAUCAUGGCAGCCUCUCUGAUAACUUCAUCUGAGUUCUCAGUAAUCUCUACAAAUCUCUGCCAAGUAAUCUCUACAAAUCUAAUUACAGAUAAAAAUAUUUCCUCGACGAGAAGAGGUAAAAACAUGAAUUUGAUGAAUGCAUUAAGCAGCUGUGCUUUUUAAUCAGUUAUAGUACCUCUGGGAGCACACCUCUAGGAAUAUUUUCUAAGUCUGUUUUUAAAAUAGUGCAAAGAAAACCCAUUUCCCUAGAACAUCUUAAAAAAUACUUCAGUUGUUCCUAAUCAUUUUUAUCCAUUGCGAAUACAAAUUAGAUUAAGUGCCACAUCUUUGGAUACAUCUUUGUAUAAACCACAUCGUUGGUGGGGGCUGGGCAAUAGUAUACAAAAAUACCAAAUAUAAAAUUUUGAAUCUGGGGAAUAUUCAGGUUCUAAAUACUAAAUUAGAUGACAAGUUCUUUGUUAUUUACUGCAAGUUCUUUUAUUGCAGUUUUCUAUAAGUAUUAAGUACAUUAGAAGGUAAGUUUUUUUUUACCAAGGAAUAAUUUGAAAUAGCAUUAGUACAUAUAUGACCCUUUAAGCAUCUGCCGUCCUCAGAAUGAUCUGUAGUGGGCUGCCAGAGUCCUUUUGUCUUUCUUAGGAGAUACUUUGGCUUGUUAGCAUUUUUUUUUUUUUGUCUUGAUGCACAGAGAAUUUACAUGUGAGAGACUUCCGUUGGUAUUAAUAGGAGUUACCCAUUCAAUUCCCCCAGUCAUCACUGAACUAACCAUCAGUUCUCAUACUUCAAAUUAGUCAUAGUCAUACACUAGAGCUUAGACAACACUGACACAGUAAAAAUAUAGGAUGACACGAAAUGUGAAUUUUAACAGUGUUCAAGAAGAACAAAUAAGCAUUUGCUUCCAGAGCAUACAUUUUUUACCUGCAUUAAAAGAAAAUUUUCCAAAAAAAAAUUUUCUUUGUGAAUAAGAGCAAAACAGUCCUAACAAAAAAAGGAAUUGUAUUAAAGCCUUUUCUGUGAAUGUCUUUCCAAAUUAAACUAUAAUAAUGGAUUGAGGAAAUAAUAAGGAAAAAGCAAAAACUCUUGAUUUCAGGUAUGCAGAGGGUGCGGGCAGAUGGGCAGUUCCUGUGUGCAUUGCCUUUGAAAAAUUGGGCCUUAAUUUAUAUGUAAAUAGCAAUGCUGUGUUCACAUCCCCCUUCUACCUACUAAGUUGUCUUUAUUAGUCUCUAUUGUGUAAAAUUUCACUCAUAAGUAUUACUUUUGUAUUAUGUCCAUUUUUUAAUUGCAUGUUUAUACUCUUUGCUACAGUAUUGUUGAGUUUUGGGUAAAGGCCAUCAGCUGUAUGGAGAAGACAGAACAAUCACUAUUUAUUCAGAAUUGCUGCUUUACAUUUCCAGAAGAGCUUUCGAUGCCAGGACAGUGGCCGCUGGAAAGCUGCAGGAGCUCUAUUCCAAUGCAUUUUAUAUAUUUUUAGAAACCAAAUAAAUGCAGAUAACUAUUUAGUAUACUAAUUAUAUUAAACCAGCAGAAAUAUAAAGGCAAUAAAGUAUAUACAUAUAUAUAUAUGGGGGGAAGGGAAAGAUUAAAAAAUAGGUUUACAACCAGACACGGUGAUAGCCCUAAGUGUAUUUCUCAAUUUGUCUUUCUUUAUUGACCCCAGAAGGAUUUGAGUUGCUGCAGCUUUAAACAGAAAAUCACCGCGCGUUCACUAAUUGUGGACACAUAAAUAUGCUUUUAGUACUGCUUUGCUUAUGUACAAAUAAAAUAUCUGUAGUCUGUGUAUUAUAUGUAAUUAUUCUUUUCUUUUGACUUCCACUUCAAAGUGUAUAUUUUCUGAUUAUUAUCAUGAGCUGUAAAACAAAAGAUCAAUAUCUGAUAUUCUCCCAAGUAAUAAAUUUUCAGGAUUCAUUGGGGCAUUA